AUGUGGGGCUGGUUGGGACACGGCUGAGCUCAGUGUGGGGGAUGCUCUCUGCAGCUUGCGCAGCACUGGAGAUGUUUGGAAAUGGUGGAGUGUCAAAUGGGAUCCUCGCCUUACCCACUGUGUUUAGUAAUUAGCCGGGGCUCAUGCACCUCUUCCACUUUGCAUCCAUGAACUUUUCGGUCCUCCGUGCGCUGCUGCCUUCUCCUCGCGGAAAAUGAAGUCGACGCGCAGAUGCAGGACUCUUAUGUCGGUCAGCUUGAACUUCUUCGCCCUGUUUUUCUCCAUAACGGCGUUCAUAACGACCUACUGGUGCGUGGGGACCCAGAGAGUCCCCAAGCCAAAGUGCAGCAAGCUGCGGACACACCAGUGUAUAGACUACGGAGUGAACGAGACGGACCCGAACAAGGUGGUGUACAGCUGGGAGACCGGGGACGACAGGUUCCUGUUCCGACAGUUCCACACCGGCAUCUGGUUCUCAUGCGAGGAGAAUAUCCACGAUGAAAGUGAGAGAUGCCGAAGCUUCAUCGAUUUGGCCCCUGCAUCAGAGAAAGGGAUGCUGUGGCUGUCGCUGGUUUCGGAGAUGUUGUACAUCAUUCUGCUGGUGGUGGGCUUCAGCCUCAUGUGUUUGGAGCUGGUCCACUCCAGCAGCAUCAUCGAUGGACUCAAGCUCAAUGCCUUCGCUGCCGUCUUCACAGUGCUCUCUGGUCUUCUUGGUAUGGUGGCUCAUGUGAUGUACACACAGGUCUUCCAGGUCACCGUCAGCCACGGUCCACCAGACUGGAGGCCUUACAACUGGGACUAUGGCUGGUCCUUCUGCAUGGCCUGGGCAUCCUUUACCUGCUGUAUGGGUGCAUCGGUCACCACCCUCAAUGCCUACACGAAGACUGUCAUUGAGUUCAGGCGCAAACGCAAGACUUUUGAGCAAAGCAUCCGUGAGGACCAUGCGCGGGAGGCUUUCGGAUAUUUCCGGGAACACUCAGUGCACUCCAUCUCCAAAUCUGUGGAGGAUUACUCCUGCCAGACCCUGCAAAGCAGCAGGCACACCCCCAUACCUGCUGACACUAUGGAUCUGAGUGACAUUACAGCAUCUUUAGGGGAAGAACAGUGCUGAAAUGUAAUGAGACACUAGGUGAUGAUAUUUAUCUCAGUGUGGCAACUUGAUCAAUGGAAGUGCUUUUGUCCCUGUACGGUUGAUGCUCAGCAUGGAAGGAGCGCCUAACAAGAUUUCAGGCCACAAUAUUAAUUCAUUAUAAUACAUUUUAACACUGCCUUAAUUAAACAGAUCAUGGAUAUUUUGUACUAGGUUAAAAUUGGACAAGGAAACUGCAAUAAGUGAGCUUGAACCAAUCUGAUGAAUGACUAACACUGCAGAUAGAAAAAAUACAAUUAGGGUCUCUCAGAUGCUAAUAGCCUUAUUAAAUAUAUUCCAGACAAUCAAUAUAUCAAUGCAAAGACAGGGUGGCAGUUUAACUGGUCUACAUGGACUGUGAAAUGAAGCCACAAAUACUCCAAAUGAUGUGCCUACAUAUAUACAUUGUAAAUAAGCUGUUGGGUUUGAGUGUGAGAUAUGGUUGUACACAGAAUGGUUGUAGAAAAUGUUGAAUGAUUUUUGUCAUGGAUGCUCAUAAUCAGUUACUUUUAUUGUCUCACAAAGCCCUAGCAAGCAUUUCAACACACCAGUGUGAACCAGUGUACCAUGACGAUUCAUACGACCAGUUGUAAUGGCAUGAUUAGAAUGAUCCACAGUAUCACUCACAUCCAGUAUGUCAUUUUCAUUUGAUGUUACUGCUUUGGUUGGAGGAUAAUAAAUAACUCAGUGCUGUGAAAAUAUUUUUUUUCAGAAUGUUUCAAAUGAAUGUGAUGGAUAUUAAAGUUA